CUCUCUCCCUGCCCAUGCCCCAAGCGGGAAGCACCGGAAAUCUCCGGCCUCGGGCUAGCUGCGGGAUUUGGGAGGGCUUGACCGGUUGGAGGUGAUGGAGCGCGAGUGGUGCGCCUAGAAUACCCACACACACACACUUAGUGUGUGGAUAGGGAAACGGGGCUGGCGAGCGGUGGGAUCUCACUGGCGCCAACUGUAAGAGGUCCCCCAGGAUGGAGCUCACCAGUCUAGACCUUUCUGAGCCCAGAGCUUACUUAGCCUUCCAGAUUCCUACCUAUCGGUGACCUUGAGCUAGCCCCAUUCUCUGUUCAGGUCAGUGGUUAGACUCUUCUUAGGAAGCCAGCCUGAGGGCUUUGACUCUCCCAAGGCUGGCGCCUGAUAACUAACACCUUUAGGUGCACCGCCACGCCUCUUUUUAGCCCACCUUCUCCAAGGUUUCCCAAGACGGAGUGUGGGACUGUAGUGGGAGGGAGGCUUUGAUAAAGACAAAAUCUUGGCCUCAGAUGAAUUUCUUUGGCACACCUGUGCACACUGUUUCAGCAUCCCCUUAAGUCACUGGUGAGUCAGUAAUUCAGGAAACGCUGGGAGGAGAUGAUUUAGGUGGGCAUUACACACCCAGGGGGAGCUGGGUGGCCCGGUAGCAGUUGUUAUAACUGACAUGGGUAUGGUGCCGGUGGUAGAAGGUGGGGCUGGACUGAAGCGCCCUUGCUCUGAGCAGGCCUGGGCCACUGGAAGACGGCAUGGAGGUGCUGGGAAGACUAGUCCCCGGUGGGACCUGCCGUGGUCCUUCAUUCUUCGAAUUUUGGGCUCCUCAGCAGACUCCCACACCGCCUUCCCUCUUGAGUGUCCCUCCUCCAUUCUGGGUCCCGACAGCCUCUUUGACUUCGCCUUAACUGAAGGCCCCUGGGCCCCUCAGGGCCUGCGUUGGGUAUUAGGGAAAGAAGGUCUUUAGCAGAUGUGCCUGUAUCCCAAACCUAGGCUUUGUUCAUCUCGCCCGGCAUGUGUCCUCAGGCUAGAUUCCAAGACAUGCACACACAGGUUCUUGGAACACACUGGCCCUCACCCCCACCACAAUGAUACGGUGGUAGACACACCCCUACCUAGAUCUUGUCCUUUGCUGGCUGUGGAGCACACUGGGCAGCGGCCUCCGUGGGCCCAGUCUCUGGAGCUGCCUGGGCCAGCCAUGCAGCCCUUGCUCACUGGGGCAUUCCCAGAGGAGGUGGCAGAGGAGACCCCUGUCCAGUCAGAGAGCGAACCAAAGGUGCUAGACCCUGAGGAGGAUCUGCUGUGUAUAGCCAAGACUUUCUCCUACCUUCGGGAAUCCGGAUGGUAUUGGGGUUCCAUUACAGCCAGUGAGGCCCGGCAACACCUGCAGAAGAUGCCAGAGGGCACAUUCCUAGUACGAGACAGCACCCACCCCAGCUACCUGUUCACGCUGUCCGUCAAAACCACCCGUGGCCCAACCAAUGUACGUAUCGAGUAUGCUGAUUCUAGCUUCCGACUGGACUCCAACUGCUUGUCCAGACCUCGCAUCCUGGCCUUCCCAGAUGUGGUCAGCCUUGUGCAGCACUAUGUGGCCUCCUGUGCUGCUGACACCCGGAGUGACAGCCCGGAUCCUGUUCCCACCCCAGCCCUGCCUCUGCCUAAACAAGAUGCACCUGGUGACUCAGCCCUGCCUCUCCCCAUGGCUACUGCUGUGCAUCUAAAGCUGGUGCAGCCCUUUGUGCGAAGGAGCAGUGCCCGAAGCUUACAGCAUCUGUGUCGCCUAGUCAUCAACCGCCUGGUGGCCGAUGUGGACUGCCUACCGCUGCCCCGGCGAAUGGCUGACUACCUCCGACAGUACCCCUUCCAACUCUGACUGGACCAGGCCCUCUGCCCUGCCUCGCACAACUACAUCCUGGAGGGGACACAGGACACAGCUGGACUUGGGUUCCUAUUGUCCCUUCUUCAGUCACCCUGGUGCCUGCGUACCUACAGCUGGAUCAGAAAGUGCCAGCAAGACCAAUGCAGGUGGACGAGGGGUUGUGGCACCAUUCUGAGGCCAAUGCCACUAGGCACCGUAUGGCUCUUUGUACUGAGCCAUGUGUCAGAGCAGAGUGAGACAGGGCAGGACUUUGUCUCACUCUGCAGGCUGGAUCCAGGCCUCCAUUCAUUCGCGUGCCCUAGUCACCCAAGCUCUGUAUGUUCUCCCAGCCCUGGUUUCUCAAUCUGCUGGGUAGGGCAGGCCCCCUACCUAUCUAUAGAGCAGUCAGCCCGUUUCUGGGAGAGUAUCAGCCAGAGGAACUGAGGUUGGUAGUACCAGCCCCUUGUGGGGAUGCAGGCCAGGCUGGGGGAAGGGGGACUACACAGUUAUACAGUAUUUAUUUAUUUAUUCUUCUUUCAGGGGUUGGGGGUGGGUUAGUGGCAUGAGCCAACCCAUUUCUCUGCCCUAAGGUCUGGGUGGUCCAAAGAUCCCCAGCCCUGGUUCUUCCCUGUGGAGACCCCCACCCCCAGAUGUAUUGUUGGGCCCAAAGUAGUCCUGAAUGCCCUGGCCCUGCAUAUGGAUGUGCUCACUCUCAUUUCUUCCUAGUCUCUUUUGAGACACUGGGUAACCAGACAAACAGGAGCCAGAAACACAGAGCUCACGCUCAUCCUCACAGGCCAGCGCCAGGGGUCCACAGAGCUGGCUUCUCUGCGGCCCCUGCAGAGGGCCACGCGCUGGGCCAGGAAGGGGAUGCCAGCUGAAGGGCUGCCGCUGCUGCUUCCUCCCAGCUCCAGUGGAACUGAUGCCUGCAUGUGAGAGAGGGAGAAAUACAUACCUAAGGAGACGUUCUAAAGCAAUUACUAUAACACAAAAGCCAGUCUGGUGGCUUUCCUUCCACUGAUUUUUCUGUAACGAUAAUAAAAUUAUGCCUUCCAUUUA